UUUUGGGGUUCUUCGAGAAUUCACUUGAAUGUACUUGAAUAGCGGGUGAGAGCAGUGCGUGGUUUAAGAGCACGGAUUUUAUUUGACUUGUGUUCAGAUCCUGCACUUAUUUAUUGUACGUAUUUUAGAAUUAUGAUUACCGGCAGCUCUCCGGUCCGCACGGGGGCGGCGGAGCUCCAGCCCGAGCUUAGCCAGACUGAGGGGAUCGUGGUGCGCUACGCGUGAUAUGCUGUUUUUCUCUUAUUAAACGUGAGAUUUCCCCGCGUUUACGUUUCUAAAGUGAAAUGCUGUAAAGUAAAGCCAAAUCAGCGAUGCGGCGCCUGGGGUCAGUUCAGCACAAAAUCCCCUGUGUUUUCCUCACGAGGGUGGAACAAGAACCUUCCAGCAAGAGAGACAGACAGCAAUUUCAGGUGGUCGCCACUGAAAAUGUAAAUCCUGUAGCUCUGGAAUCAAACAUCGACUGUGCCCUCGCUACUGAGAAGCUGGAUGGCACAUGCUGCUAUGUUACAACAUACAACGGUGAACCAAACCUUUGGGCUCGGCUAGACCGGAAACCAACCAAGCAGGCAGAAAAGAGGUUCAAAAAAUAUCAGUACUCCCAGAAAACCUGUAAAGGGUUUACAUGGAAUAUGGAAGAAGAUUUUAGAGCUGUGCCAGACUCCUGGAUUCCUGCACACCGGGUUCGUCAUGAAAAUGGUCAUCCUGUACCUGAAGAUCAUGGUCAUAUUCCUGGAUGGGUUCCAGUUGAGAAAAACAACAAGCAGUACUGUUGGCAUGCCUCUGUGGUGAAUUAUGACACUGGAUUGGCUCUGGUUUUGAGGCCCCACCCAGAAGAUGAAGGUCUGCUGGAAAUUGCCAGCGUUCCACUGUCAGAGCUGCUGGAGCAGACACUGGAGCUGAUUGGAACCAACAUUAAUGGAAAUCCGUAUGGGUUAGGAAGCAAAAAGCAUCCAGUCCAUGUUUUGGUGCCUCAUGGGAUCCUGCAGGUCAGGAAUGCUCCUCCAGUGGAAUACCAGCAGCUUCACUCCUGGUUUCAAGAAAGCCAUGAGGGCUGUGUAGAGGGAAUUGUUUGGCAUUGUAAUGAUGGGACUCUGAUCAAGGUUCAUCGACAUCACUUGGGUCUAAAGUGGCCAGAUGGUGACACUUUCCUAAACUCACGGCCUGUUGUUGUUCAUGUGGACAGAAGGGCAUAUGGUCCAGAGAGUUUGUCUGACUCACAUAAUGACUUAUUCAGCACCCUCUCCAGCCUCAGUGGACAGCUUUUCCACUCCAUUCGAGACAUCCAGUUUCAGGCUGAUCUGUGAAAAUGCAGAAGACUAUGUGCAACAUUCCGUCAUACUUUUUGCAUUUGUUUACUAUUGGUGCUGGAAAUCUUUACCAGCCCUUUAAAAGGUUUACCCUUACUCUCUUUUUUUUUUAAACAACCCUCACUGUGCAUGCUUUACAGUAAUUAAAAUUGCACACAUUAUAUGGCAAUGCAGAUUCAGCACUGUACAUUCAUUUCCUUAAGUUGACAUAGAUUUAAGUUAUUCAAGUGUUUAAUGAAUGUGAGAUCCUGAGUUUAAUAUUACCACUAGACAUUAAAAGGAGAAUAUACAUGAUUUCCCACAAAAAACUGUUAUAAUAAACACGUGUAAACUGUU